GCCCAAGCCUCCGCCACCUUGCUGCUCCGCCUGUAGCUGCUUCUGCUCCAACUCCGACCCCACGUGCAUGCACUCCUGGCCUGGGUUCGCAAGAGCCUCUGGCUCGGUCCCGCCGUGGACUAGUCGCCGUCAUGGCGACAAGUGCAGCGGAGAUGCGAGUGUUCCUGGAGGUGCGGAGAGGGCUUCAGAGCGCGCUGCUGAUCCUGGGAGAGACCGAAGAAGGAAAUAUGUCCAUGGAUGUUUCCAUUAUGCCAUCCUCAGUCCAGAUGAAAACUCCCACAGGCUGCACAGAGAUCCAGCUUCCAGCAGAGGUCAGGCUUGUACCUGCCUCAUGCCGAGGGCUGCAGUAUGUCCCUGGAGAUGGACUGCACCUGCGACUACAGGCGCAGACAGAAUUCAGCACCAAACCGAUUUCAGUGUUUAACCAAAACUCACAAGCCGGAGGACGCUGCACGUUUUAUUGCCAGUCCUGUGGUGAGGUCGUAAUAAGAGACAGGAAACUCCUCAGGGUGCUCCCGUUGCCAAGUGAGAACUGGGGAGCUCUAGUUGAAGAAUGGUGUUGUCACCCAGACCCUUUUGCUAAUAAGCCACUUCAUCCACAAGAGAAUGACUGCUUUAUUGGAGACACUUUCUUCUUGGUGAAUUUAAGAAGCAAUUUGCGGCAGCCAAGACCUGAACUAGCCCCAGUGGAGAUGCACUGUCUUUCUUCUGAGAACCAUUUUAAAUCGGUACCAAAGGCAAAUACCAAAGUAAUUUGUGAGCGUUGCAAGGUAAUCUUGGGAGAGACCAUGUCAUCAGAAACCACUAAGUUUUAUAUGACAGAGAUAAUUAUUCAGCCAUCUGAGAGAAGUUUUCCAGUCAUGCCAAGGUCUCAGUUUGUCGAGAGCAUUACUGCCCAGUGUCUGGCGGAACUGUCCUCUGCUAGAAGUACUUUCAGAUUUACUGUUCAGGAUCAAGACGGCAGAGUAUACAUCUUGCUAUGGCUUUUAAACUCAGACAGCUUGGUGAUUGAAUCUCUGAGAAGUUCCGAAAGUAUCAAAAAAUUUCCCCUGUUGGAAGACACUUUAAAAGCAGAUUCCAGGUCUACCUGGAAUGCUGUUAAGGUCCUCUACCAGCCAUGCAUCAAAAGUAGGAAUGAAAAGCUUGCGAGCUCAUGGGAAAGUGACAUCAGUGUCCACUCACUAACGCUGCCCUCAGCAACCUGCUUGGAGCUGCUGUUGAUAUUAGCAAGAAAUAACACCAUGCUGCCUCCAUCCCUUCGCUAUAUGAAUUCCUUUCAGGUCAGGAACUGUUCUUUUAUAAGGGUGUAAUUUCUCAGUUUUACUUGAAAUUGUUUUUCAAGAAUCCUAUCUUUAAUAGGAGAUAGCCUAUGGAUAUCCACAGUUUCCAAUGGUACUAAUAACAAGCAGAAUGUCUGUAUCAUCUUAUCUCUUUAAAUAAAUGAACAAACAAAGGUUCAAAAUUGAUUAAGCAGUUGUCUAGUAGUGGCAGAACUCACAGCUCUCAACCUCCAGAGCUUGUUCUGUUACCCUUAUCUUUCUUGUCUCUGAGAGAAAUGGCAAGAAGAUCUAGCUUGUGAAUGCCAUUUCCCUUCUUCCACAUUUGCCCUGAAGUAAAAAUUUUCAGCCAUUAUUAGUUACGUUGCUACUGUUAGCUUGAUGUCAGAUUGCUAAAUAGAUAUUUAACAGUGAUGGUGUUCUACCAACUCUAGCACCAUUUUUCUCUCUUAACCCCUUCUACAUCACUUCCCCACUCCCCUGGAUAUAUUUGUGUUCCUAAUACAACUCAAUGCUACAAAUGAAGACUGAUCAACGGGAAGAUGUCUAUCUAAUAGGCAGCUAAUUGUCUAAGGAAGAGGAAAAUGAGAAUUAAAGCAUUAGCUAGUAGAUGAAGCUAUGCCUUGUAGCUACGGAUUGAAAUUGAACAUAUCUGUGACUCUUGACAGUGGAAAACCAUGAGCCCUUUGAUGCUGGUGGGAAGGCCAUGGGCAUUGCUGAGCAAUGAAUGUAUAUGGAUGGUUCUACCUGUGACAGGCUGCCAGUGUCUCCUAGUAAGAUAACUUCAGGAACAAUGUAUUGGUUGGUGCACCUCUGUUAUAUAACAAAGCAAGACAUGAAUUAUAUCUCAGGAAAUGGAUAGAAAAUAACUCUCCAAGUCUAAUUUACAUUUAUAUUCUCUUGAAAUCUGUUAGAUUGAUUAUCUCUGAUUUUCUUCCUGUUUCUGAGCCUUGAGCACUGACACAAGGUGAAGUCUUUAUGUUUAGCCACCUAUACAAAUAGGUUUGUUGUUUGUUGUUACUGAAUCAACUUCAUGACUGGUCUCUCCAACGAAUCUCUUCUCAUUUUGUAGAAAUGAGAUCUAGAAAGAUAGAGUGAGUUGGCCAGGAAACACCAUGUAGGAUAGAGACCAAACCAGACUCACCGGGACUGUGCCAGGGUUUCUUCUAUCCACCACCCCACUGCCAUGCUCACAGAAGGCCUGGGGCCAGAGAGGGCAUGAAUGGUAGGUGGAUACAGGUUGUAUCUACCUUGGGAUAUCCAUAGACACCAAGUAUUUAUUUGUAUCAUUCUGUGAACAAGAAAUAAUUUAUUUAAAUUUUUCAUUGGAUUGAGCACUGAAUAACACAAAAUUUAUCUGUACCCAAAACUUUUAUGGAAGUAGGUUUGAAAAACCUAACAGUGGUUAUCUUUGGGGAUGAAAGCUAAAAGACAAGUAUUUUUCAUUUUACUGCUUCCCUUAUAUACUGUUUGGAAUUUAUAUACCAUGGGUGAAUGGGGAACAAGAGAAGUGACUCUGACUUUGAGGGCUUUAUGGCAUCUGAGGACAGUCAUCCGUGUGUGAUAUGAAUUGGAAAUUAUUUUGUCACAAAGUAGCCUUAACAUAAACCUUAAAGAGAAUAAAGGUUAAAGCACUAAUCUAGAUUAAGCAUGGGGAAUUCCAGAGGAGGAUCCAUCUGCCCUACUUUUCCAUGAGACAGAGGCAGUCUUCCUUUAAGGGUAUCAUCUCAGUCUCCUAUAAACGCGUGCACCCAGAAGCCUGGCCUGCUCCUGGUGACCUUGGUGCGCCCUUAGCACCUUUAAUUAGGAGUGCUUUUAGAGCAACUUGGACACUAAUUACUGAGUGUCCUCUCUACUAGUGGUUGUAUUUCAUCUGGUUUCAGACCAUUUGCUGAAUAUCUUCAGGUGUACAUACACUUUCCCAGUUUUGAAGGUACAGAACAGUGUGAUAGAACCUGAUGAACAAUGUCUGCUAAAGCUUUGUCUCUGCUGUUAUCCCUGGAAAGAUAUAUUCUUAUCAGGAAUAUACCGGAGGUGGCCUCCCUAUACUGGUCUUUGCCCCCAAGAUAAAGGAUCACUGAAAAGGAGGAUGGGUCUAUCAGAAUUAGACAGAGAUUCUCUGCUUUUUCAUCUUUGUAACACCUACUUAAUCAUUUAUUACAAUAGCAAGGAAUGGGACUGCUACUUUUGUCUGUGUUUGAGAGUUUUUUUUUUUUUUCAUUGGAAUUCACUUUUAUACACAUUUUUAAGACCUGGGUUGGCAAGAGUUACAGAAUAGUAGAAUGAUGCUUGUUAAAGAUACCAUCUUCACUUUUUCAAUUCCUUUACUUUCCAUACCGAGUCAGCCACUGCAAACAAUGCUUCUUUUUCUGUAAAACUGUUAUUUUAGGAUUCACAUGGUGCUCCUGCUUAAGCUGUUAUCACUGCCAAAUCCCAAAGGGAAGAUUUAUCUUAUUAAUUAGAGCCAUUAAUGUAUCUCCAAUUCUAACUUCCUAAAUUACACUGGGUCAUUUCUCUCAGGCCAGCAGGGAUACCUUUUGGUAGUUUUGUUAUAAUUUUAGCUUCCACUCUAUUAUAAUAUCCGAUAUCCCUAGUGUAAUUAUAUUAUUGCAAGCAAGUACAAGGUAGGAUUGAAUUCAGAAUGACUUCCAUAAUGCCAAGCACAUACAAGUUGUUCUUGUGGCCCCCAAAAGAGAGAUGACUUACUCCUUAUUAUGUCACUUCUUGCUUAAAACUCUUCCAUGGUCUCCUACUACAGUGAGAAUACAACCCAUAUUCCUAAUCCUGGCCUCAGCCCUGGCCACAUCUGGUCCUGCCUCCCUUUCUGACCUCAUCCCUGCUCUCUCCCUCUCACUCACUCUGGUCCAGGCACACUGGCUCUGUUUCCUCCGAAUCCCAAGCUGGCUCUGGCCGUCGAGUAUGUGUGCUGGCUCUUCUCUUUGCUAUUAGGAAAAGUCUCUGCACCAGGUCUUUGCAUGCUGACUCCUU